CAUAAAAAAGCUACAGCGGGACACAAACAACAGAGCUCACUGUAUCCUGAGUCAUACACUAAAUAGUUAUUUUAAUGAUUUACAGCGCGACGGUAACCAACACAUACUUUGUUGCAACGUUUCCUUCAUGAGGUCAGACAUGACGCUCUGCUCUCCUCUCCUGCUCUGCCUGGCAGCAGCUCUGUCCUCUGCCUACGUGAUCACAGACCACCACCAUCAUCAUCAUGACAACAUGUGGACCAAACUGAUCUUGACCCAUCACUGGCCAAAGACCUUCUGUAGUAUGGAGCACUGUAAGGCAAACAUUAGCUACUGGACACUGCACGGACUCUGGCCAGAUAAAGGGAUUGACUGUAACUCAUCUUGGCAUUUCAACUCCUCUCAAAUACAGGAUCUGAUUCCAGACAUGAAAAAGAGUUGGCCGGACUUGCUUAAACCCACAUCUGAUGAAUUCUGGAAGUACGAGUGGCACAAACAUGGAACAUGUGCAGCCAAAGCCGAUUCUCUGAAUAGUCAACAUAAAUACUUCAACAAGGCACUGGAUCUGUAUCACAAAGUGGAUCUGGACAGAACUCUGCAAAAGUUCAACAUCACCCCGUCUGAAGAUUACUACAAGUUAUCCCAAAUCGAGGACGCCAUAGAGAACUUCUACAGCGUCAAACCCAAGAUCCAAUGCGCCCACAAAUCAAGGAGAGAUGAAGUCCAGGUUUUGGGGCAGAUUGAGAUAUGUUUCGACGCCGACUUCAGCCUGAUCGACUGUGAGAGACAUUUUACCAAAGACACAGUGUCUAAGGGGCACGGGGACCGUCUCAUGGAUGUUGACAUGCCGUCUGGGUUCAUGGUGUGUCAGCAUGAUAUGCCAGUUUACUACCCGCCUGUUUCCAAAGAGAUAUUCCGGUAGUUGCACAAAAUAUGAUGCAACACACACUGCACCUCUAUUUUCACAUCCUCAAACACCGGUGUCUUCUUUGUUUACCAAUCAUGUGUACUGUACUAGAAUGCACACACACAAAAUCACACACACACUAAUAACAGGCUGAACAAUAAACACCAUAGUUUCAAUGAUAAUGAUAGUAAUCAGUCCAUAAACAUUUUUAACUACAUGUACAUUCAGGCUGUGAGAGAAGCUUGAAAAAAAGCACCUUUAAGUGCAAUGGUCCUUUAUAUCCUGCAGAUCCAGGACACCCACUCCACUACCACCUCACCUCGUGCUUUAAUGGGAUUACACGCCUUUCUGACCCUUAGUAGUAGAUCAAUCCAAUAGUGCAUGGCGUGUUUUUUUCCACAGCUCAACAGGGGGGCAUCAUGGGAACUUCAGGUCAGACAGUCAGGCAAACAAGCAGAUUACUAUGCCUGUUUUGCAAACGAGCGAAGUCUCUUGCCAUUUUUGGAGGCGGCUCUUACUUAAUGCUGAGAUACAGUCAAAAAUAGUGUUGAUUUGAUGACUCUGUUGGCCAUGAGUUAUACCACAGUCACUUAAGUGCCAUCUCUUUUUGUGCAAAGCUGACCUGAGUUUUAGCAAUCGAUAAAAAGUUUAAAGAAUCAUUUGAUAAUUGAGUUGAUCCCAUAAAUCAGAGAGCUACGUCAACAAUUGUUUAAUCACCAAACAAUAUUAAACAUUGCAUCAUUUUGGACAGCUUCUAUCACAGAAGGCAUCAUUUGAAACCACUGCCUCUUUGCACUGACAUCUGUCUUCCUCCAUAGUCUCUCAGGCAUUUUACACUAGAGGAAUUCAUCAUUCUGAGAUUUGCCAAGUACACAAAACAUUAUUCAAUGCUGUGCCAUCAGACUGCUUAGGUCUGUGUCUUUAAUGAAGGAAGAGCUUUAAUCAAACCGACUGUACAUUACAUACGUACAGAUUAAAACGUAAAUACAGUUUAUGAUGCGUGGAGUAAUACUUCAGUUGAUUUUAGACUUUUCUAAGGCUCAUUAUUCUGUAUGUUUUGACAGACGCUUUUUAAUCCCAAACUGAUAUUUACAGUGAUUGACAUUAAUUGGUACUGUUUGGCUGGGGCUUUUUAUGGGCAUAGUUCAAGAUAGAUAGAUACUUUAGUAAUCCAGAGGGACAUUCUAGCAUCCAAUCAAUGAGUGUGAAUGAUUAUUGUAAUUUAAGAUGCUCUGGAUAUGUGUAUAUUGUGAAAUGACUGCCAUGAACAUUCGUACUGUCAUUUUUUUAAAUGUCAAUAAACAUUCAAUAUAGUCAAUCUG